AUGUCCGGUAUGUUCCCGAAGUUUUGGAAUAAUGUUGCAGAAGAGAUGGGAGAAUGCGAUGAAGACUUGCAUCAAGUAAAAUCAGUUCUAACGGUUCUGGGGUACAUGACGAAAAUGUCUGUUGCUUCGAUAAAGACAGCAAAAAGAAUCGAAAAACUUGAAGGCGAAUACACGAAAAUGCGAACAAAUAAACCGAAUGAAAUAUUUGACCGAUUUCCCGAAUUGAAACAAAUCGAUGCAUUCACACCGGGAAUUAAAUCGAUUAUCAUGGAUGUUACGACGCAUAUGAAUCGAAUUCAGAAUCCGAAAUGUUCUGAAAAAGAAAUUAAAUCGACGAAAACAAGAGUUCUUGAACAAGUGAAAAAGAUUUGUGAGCAAAUGACUGACGGCAAUAUUAUGAUCGAAGAAACAAGUUCUGGUGCCACAUGCAAAGUAUCAUGCCCUCAAUGUCAGACAGUGAGUGCAUUGGGGUCGUUCACGAACCAAACUACAGGCAAGCAAACAUUUUCCAUCCACAAUUUUACACGCCACUACACAACCAUGCAUGUUACACUCACAGCAGAACGUGGCAGUCACCAAACUGACACUCAUGAUAAUGCUCAUGAGAAAUUGAAUCCAUUGCAAACGGCCAACCAGGAAGUGUUGGAGCCCACUGAAAAAUCGGAAACUUUGAAGAACGAGCGAGAAGAUUGGGAAAAAGAAAUAGAAACGAAAGACAUCGCUAUCCAUGAGAUUAAAGAAAAGCUCAACAGCGCACUGGCUGAAAAUAAAAAACUUAUAUUUGAAUUGAAUGCUUUGAAAUUGGUUAACGGUCAAUUGGGCAAUGAUGAGGAUUGGAAUUCUGACUUGAAUCUAAAGGCUGCAGAAAUUGAAAAUCUUAAAAAGCAACUCAGUUCAGCUCAAAUUCAGAAUCAACAACUUACUCUUGACAAAAAAGAUUUGGAGUACAAGUACAAUGAUGUUGUAAAAAAAUACACAUUAAAAGUUGCUCAUAUACAAACGCUUGAAAAAGAAAUCAGCACUUUCCGUCAAAAGAAAAUUGCAAAGGCACCGUUCGUUGCUAAUCUCUGCUACUUCGAAUCUAUUAAUAGCGACCCGAGCAUUGUGUUUGAAGACAAUCAAGUAAAAUUCACUGACUGUCAAAAUCGUGCAACACAGUUAUAUUUUGAUCACAUUUAUCGUGGAGAUGCAACUGAUGAAAAGUUCAAGGAUUUGCAACCAUAUUUGAAUGAAUUCAUUUCCGGAAAAACCAUCUGUGUAUUCAACCAUGGCACUACAGGAAGUGGUAAGACUUGUACCAUGUUUGGAUUUAAUGGUUCAGGUGGCAUCCUUAGUCGAUCGGUCGGGUUUAUUUUAAACAAAAAAUCCCCAUUGGUGGUGAGUGUCAUUGAAAUGACGGAAAAAAAUUCGUACGAUCUCGGAAAUGGAAAACAGAUGCACAUCGCGGACGCAAUAACAAAAAUUUCAAUCGGAUCAAUGGUUGAUUUUAAUCAGCUUCAAUUAAAAGUGUUGAAGAUUCGCUCUCAAAAAAGCACCGAUCAAAACACCACUUCUUCACGCUCGCACUUGAUUUUCGAGCUCUCGUUUGAAGCCAGCAGCGCUAAAAUUGCAUUUAUCGAUUUGGCUGGUUGGGAAAACGCAGCAAAUACAAACAUUGACGAAUCGAAAUUUAUUAACGCAUCAUUGACGAGUUUGAAUACGCUUUUAUUUGCCAUUGCCCAGCAAAAAGUAAUAACUUUCGAUUCGAAUUUAACUAAAUUGUUGAAGCCGUAUUUCUCCAAAGGGUAUAAAUGCAUAUUGAUGUAUCACGUGUCAAAAGUGGCAAUGAAGAAGGGAUUGGAAAAUAUAAAAAAAGUUGUGGCGUCGUUCCAAUCAGGCAUAGCUAUUCCAAAAUCAAGAUCGACCAAAGCCAUUCCAGAAAAAAAACGAAAGGCCCUCGAAUCAAUUGAAAAUGUAUUAAUGAAUUGAUGAGAAAUGACAGAUAAAAAAUGUGUCUUAUUUUGUUCUUCCUUUUGUUUUCAAUAAAGUUCAAAUGGUUUGAAAUCAAGGUAUUAUCAAACUUAACUCGAAUUGA